GGGUUGAUGAAAAUAAAAGAAAAAAUAAAAAUGGUGGUCGACAUGGAACUCCAAGAAGCAAAAGAUGCGGUUCUUCAGCUUAUGAAGGAUAAAGAUAAAAUCGAAUUAGACAUACGUAUGUUUAAAGAUAUAUUGGAUAAUAACAAUGUGGGUAUGAAUGAUGCUCUGGUAGAUUCUGAGGGGUAUCCAAGACAGGAUAUUGAUGUCUAUCAAGUUAGACAUGCAAGGAAUCGGAUAAUAUGCCUUACAAAUGAUCACAAAGCAUUGAUGACAAAAAUAGAAGCGGGUUUACAUAAAGUACAUUCUCUAUCUGGGAAUCAAGCGCAGGAGGCUUCAACCACCAGCGAUAUCGUUGAACCAUUUUCAUCAGAACCUUUUUUGAGAGUAAAUUUAGUCUCUCCUUCUUCUCCAGCUGAACUAGCAGGGAUUCAAGUCAAUGAUUUGAUCAUUGAGUUUGGUUCUAUUAAUUAUAAAAAUUUUAAAUCCUUAAAGGAUAUCGCAACAUUAGUUGAGCACAGUAGGUAUAAGUCUUUAGAUAUAAAACUUAAGCGUGGAUCAAAUAUCUUUGCCCUGACUUUAAUACCACGUCCUUGGAUUGGCAAAGGUUUAAUGGGAUGUAAUGUAAUACCUCUGGAAAUUGUUGAAAGAUAAAUUGUUAUUUUAUAAAGUAUAAGAAACGUAAUUAUUAUUAUUAUAUA